AAUCUUGCUUCCAAAAAAUGGAAAAAAUAUCCCAAACCCUUCAUCGCCCACUAUUUAUUUAAACCCCCUCAUCCACCAUAUUCCGUCACCAUUCACCAACACACCAUAAAUAGAACUAUAUUCUCUUCAUCCCUAUCUCCAUUUCCAAUCAUGCCUGCAAUUCCAGAAGAGCCACUCCUUGCUCCAAACCCUGACAGAUUCUGCAUGUUCCCAAUCCAAUACCCUGAGAUAUGGGAAAUGUACAAGAAAGCGGAGGCAUCGUUCUGGACAGCGGAGGAAGUUGACCUUUCCGGCGACCUCCGCCACUGGGAAUCUCUCACCGACGGCGAGCGCCACUUUAUCACUCACGUCCUUGCCUUCUUCGCCGCAUCCGACGGCAUCGUCCUGGAGAAUCUCGCCGGAAGGUUCAUGAAGGAGGUUCAGGUCGCCGAGGCACGCGCCUUCUACGGCUUCCAGAUCGCAAUCGAGAACAUCCACUCAGAGAUGUACAGCCUCCUUCUCGAAACUUACAUCAAAGACUCAUCAGAGAAGAAUCGUCUCUUCCACGCAAUUGAGACCGUUCCUUGCGUAAAGAAGAAAGCCGAGUGGGCCCUACGAUGGAUCGAUGGCUCAGAAUCGUUCGCGGAACGCAUCGUCGCGUUCGCCUGCGUCGAAGGGAUCUUCUUCUCCGGGAGCUUCUGCUCGAUAUUUUGGCUGAAAAAGCGCGGGUUAAUGCCAGGUUUAACCUUCUCGAACGAGUUGAUCUCGCGAGAUGAAGGCCUCCACUGCGAUUUCGCGUGCUUGCUGUACUCUCUUCUGAGGAAGAAGCUCCCUGAGGAGCGUGUGAAGGGGAUCGUGAAGGACGCCGUGGAUAUAGAGAGGGAGUUUGUGUGCGACGCGCUUCCUUGCGCGUUGGUAGGAAUGAACGGAGACCUGAUGAGUCAGUAUAUUGAGUUCGUUGCAGAUCGGUUGCUGGUGGCGCUUGGGUGCAAGAAGGUGUACAAUGUUCAGAACCCUUUUGAUUGGAUGGAGCUUAUUUCGCUUCAGGGGAAGACCAACUUCUUUGAAAAGCGUGUUGGGGAGUACCAGAAGGCUUCGGUUAUGUCAAGCUUGAACGGUCACGGUGGUGUCCACGUGUUCAAGAUGGAUGAGGACUUUUAAAUAACACCUGGAUCACUUUAUAUAUGCUCUAAUUUUCCUUUACUCUGUUAUUUAAUAUGUCUGAUAUAUUGUAUUCCCGUUCCCGGUUUUAGAUUAG